AUGAUUGAUCUUUUGACUCCCACUAUGCUGGCUAGAACUAGGCGAACACUUCGAGCUGCUCAGUUCCUCUGUGGUCUGCUCGGCUUGUCCUUCGUGGCUGCCGGGGGUGUCUCCUUCCACUCGUCCAACUUCGUCUUGCUCAUCAACUACACCGGAGUGCUCUACACGCUGUGGUUCGUCAUGGCAGUAGAGAUUCUCAACUAUUCCACUCGCACGUCGACUCGAGUUGAGCAAGGGAUUGAUGGAGUAUUGGCCUUGACGCUGCUGAUAGGAGGUAUUUGUCUCGCAGCUUCAGACCACAUCAGCUACUGCGAUCACUUGUGGCAUUGCCACAAUCUCAAGACUGCAGUUGCCUUCACCUUUCUCGGAAUGUUUGCUUUCCUGGCAACACUGGCACUGUCAAUCCUGGCUGCAAGCAAGGAGACGCCGGGCCCGACGGAAGUCCCAGGACAAUAUCACAUGGAAGCGACACCGACGGACGCGUUGUCCACUUCAGGACCUCAAUUCGCCUGGCGCUAA